UAUAUUCUCAUGGAUAAUAUAACUGCACCAGUAAACAAUUCUCCAGUUCAACUAUUGUUUUCGCCCCAUUUUUCUUCAAAUGAUUUUAUUUUUGCUGAAGUGGAUAAGAAUUUGGCUAAUUAUUUUUUGAAUGGAAAUGAAAUUUAUAUACGAGGAUACAAUUCUGAUGAAAUUGUUUUGUGUACAAAAGCAGAAACAUUUUGUUGUAAAGAACUUGAAGUUUCAAAUUCUUUGCUUAUUUUAGAGGAUGCCUUAAAUGAAGUGGAAAUAUCUGAAGAAUUAUCAAUUUCAAACAAUUUGAAAAUUGUGUCAGUAUCAAAUAAAUUUCUUGAAACUUCACGUAUUAGACCAAAUUUAACUCAAAAAUUGAAAGAAUUAUUUAAUGACCAUAAAAUUGAAAUGUUUACAAAGGAUGGAUGUUCUGCAAGUUGUGGAAUUUUUUUGGAAACUAUUUUGUGUUGUAUACAAGCUAGUGAAGAAGAAUUAAUCAACAAAUUGGCAGAACUUCCUGUUAUUGAAUUAGAGGGAAAAUUCUAUUGGAUAAGCAACGAAUAUAUUUUGAAGUUUAUUGAUAAAAUUGCUGAAGCUGUUGACAAUGCUGGUAAAGAUGAAAUUGCCUACUUUUCAAAAGAUGAUCUGCUUCAACGUAUUUCUUUGGAAAAUAUACAGAUGGAGACAAUUGAAUGGGUUUUGAACAAUUUUUGUGAUAAAAAUGUUGAUGGCAAAUAUUCUUUUAAUGAAUCUAAAAUAUCAAAAAUUUACAUUGAAAAUCUUCUUCGUUCAUUGCCUGACAAACCUUUGGAUUUUGAAGAUUUUGAAUUAAAAAUAAAUAAUUUAUUACCAAAUCAGCUUUAUUUCAAAGAGGAAUAUUUAUCUGGACUUGGAAUUGUUGAAAAUUCUCAUUUUCGAGGAAAAGUUGUAAAUAAAUUAAUUUCAACAGAUUUGCCUUUAGAUUUACAAAAACGAUUGUCAAUUCUUUUCUCUAAAAAAGAAAAAUGGAAGAAAGAGGAAAUUCAACCAUAUCUUUUGGAUUAUUGUUUAGAUCCGGCAAAAAUAGAAGAAUUUUUAAUGAAAAAUUGUAAAAUUGUUGGAAGUUCUACCGAACGUUUUUAUGUUAAUAAACAAUUGAGUUUUUAA